AUGGCCGUCUAUUCUAUGCAAAGUGCCAACGUUCCUCAGGGCAUGCAUACCCAGGACUUUGAAAUGGUUGAUGCUGUCUAUCACCCGGCCAGUCCAGAACCUGUCGAACAUCGAGACCUUACCUCCUUCCAUCCCGAUCAGCAAGAUUGGUCGUGGGACAACCUUCCAGAAAUACUAUACCAACUCAAGCCCUUUGGCCCUAAGAGCAAGGUGGAGCCGCCGACAAUGACUUAUCCGAUCAAUGGCAAGUUCCUUCGGGAGAUUUCUGUCCUGCCCAAUCAUAUCGCUUCGGAUGUCGAGGAAUUCCGGGUGGAGGCCUGGAUGAGACUUGAUAGACGCAUUCGCCUAAGCGACAUCAUUGACCGCAUGGGAGUUGAGUUCAGAAUUGCGCCCAACGCCCUGCAGCAACGCGGUGGACGAUUCCGACAGGCAUUCCGAAUGCUUGCUUGGGACUCAGGAAACAAACUGAGCCGUGACCUGGAAGCCGAGCUGAUCAAUGCACUGAUACAGCAUGGAAUCAAUCCGUCCCUAAAUACCACUCGUGGACUGACUCCGGGGUUGAUCAACCCAGCCCUUGGCGAGGCUGGCGGACGCAUCGGCCUGCCAUCGACUUACUCUCCCGAAAAGCGCAAAAAGCGCAAACGCUCGACGCGAACCGUCCGACCAAAGAAAAUUCCUCGCAAACAAGAGGAAAAAUUGAUUGAAACGGCCCAAGCAGCGCUUCGUGUUUUCCAAAGAGUUGGACCAGCGCCCCAGAACAUUGAGUUGCCGACUAUGGUUUCUAGCAAUUGCAGCGUUCCUGGAUUCGAGGUGCACGGAACGGUCAAGGUCUGUCACGCCGUCGAAGAAGUUUCCGUUGAAGAAGUUUCCGUUAUCGCCGAGGUUCCAGCGCCUUGUCAACCGAGUACCUGCCAUGACUGGCCAGUGUCCGUUGGAGCAGCCCAGGCUGACCAGCUUCUAUAUACUCUUGUUCCCUUUGAUGAACAACUGGACGAGCCAACUGGACCGAUGCCAAUCUUUCGCCACGAUAUUCCGGAUGAUGAAUUGCCCGAGUUCGCCUGUUUGGAGGAUCUCGAUUUGUCUCGGGCUGUCAAGAAACCAUGCCGCCGUUGGGAUCAAGUGUCGCAGACGGCUGGACGCAGAGCGAGGCAUGGUCAGAGAGGACCCAAGACGCUGAAAUAUCCUGAGUCCGGAUUGAAGACUUUACUCGACACAUUCGAUGACAACUCGCUUCCACUAAACCCCGUCCAGGUUCAAUAUGCACCCGGGGAGAUUUUACAGCCCACCGGUGGGCUUUACCGGAUGAAACAGCCUCUCUCUCUGGGCAUGUUCCCAGAGUAUGCCCACAAUAUGGUCUUCAAUUUUUGUCUGAAAGACUAUUAUGAUGGAGAGCGAAAUCUUUGCGAAAUGCCAAUUCUCAUCAUAUAA